CGGCGAGCGGCGAGAGCUGCUCUCCCUGAGGAAGCAAGCGGAUAAGAGGGAACGGCCACCGGGACGCUAGCGCUGUGGGGUGGGUGCGGAGCCCCUUCCCUCGGUCCAAGAAAGCAGCGGCGGCGGGAGGAAGCAAAAUGAUGGUCCAACACUCAGGCCAGGUUUCUGCAUUAGAAGUCAGCGCCUCCGCAAUUGUUCCCACUUUGUCCCCUGCAGGGUCACUGGGGUUUGAUGAUUUUGCAAAUUUAACCCCACUGGUGAAAGAAGAGCUGAGGUUUGCCAUUCAGAAUAAGCGUCAGUCCCACAGGAUGUCUUCUGCACUGGACACCGUGACGGUUUCUGAAAGGCCAGUAGAAACAUCACUCAUGAAAACAGAGUUUUCUCCCGAAGAGGAUGAAAGGAAAAAGCGAAGAAGGGAAAGGAAUAAAAUUGCUGCUGCAAAGUGCCGAAACAAAAAGAAGGAAAAAACAGAAUGUUUGCAGAAAGAGUCUGAAAAGCUGGAAACCAUCAAUGCAGAGUUAAAAGCCCAGAUCGAAGAGCUAAAGAAUGAGAAGCAGCAUUUGAUAUACAUGCUAAAUCUUCACAGGCCCACUUGUAUAGUUCGGGCACAGAACGGAAGGACACCUGAAGAUGAAAGGAAUCUUUUUAUUCAACAGAUCAAAGAAGGCACAUUACAAGGUUAGGUGAUACGUGGAAAUAUUUACAGUGUUUUUAACAACUACCAGAAUCCAUGGAGGAUCUGACAUAAUGUGUAGGAUUCUAUUAGUCAAGAGCCUUUAGGCAGGGCAGAUUGCUUUCUUAAGUGGAAAGAGUCAUUUUGGCUUGACAGCGAUUCUUCCCCCUGGAAGAUCUGGUCUCAGUUAAAUUGAAGAGUCUUCUGCCUCAAAUAUAGGUUUUGCACCUGUCGUACUUGCUGUUCCUAGGAGCUACAGACAAUGGCUUCAGAAGUUUUAGCUCUCUGCUAGUAUUACAGUAUCUGCACUCACAAUGUUUGUGCUAGAACACUAUGACUUCCAAUGCACGUGGUACAGACAGCUGUGCUGGAUGGACACUUUUCCUUGUUGCUGGUAGGAAAAGCAGACUGAGAGUAUUUUUAAAGCCUCAAAGUUUCCAGGACGAGUU